AUGGGUCCAAAAAACUUUUCUUUGAUUCGUGAAAAAUUGCGUGCAAAAGAAGAAAGAGAACCCACUCAAUCAGAAAUUUUUGUUGAAACUCGGAAAGGAAAUAAAGGAAAAGAGAUGGAUGCAGAAACUGAAAAAAUAAUUUCUCAACUUCAAAAAACAGUUGAAAAUGAGGAAAGUGAUACAGAGGCAUUUGAAGCUGUUUUUGGAAAGGAGCGUCCUGGCAGGGUACGUUGUUAUGGGAGAAACAUAACUAAAACUUCUUUAAAGCAAAAGUCAGAGAUCAAUGCUUUGAAAAAAGUACACAAUGAAGAAGUCUCUACAUUGAGGCACGAUUUUGAAGAUAAGAUUGAUAGAUUGCAAAAUGCUUUUAAGACAUUAAUGCAACAUUGCAAUCCUCAAAUUAAUAUGGAAUCAAUAGAAGAUUUGUUAGGAUUAUCCCAUAGAGAUGCUAAUAGUGACCCAAAGGAGAGUGGCCCACAAAUGCAUUCCUCUACUUCAACUCAUGCUCCAAGUCUUAUAAAGCAAGUCAUCAAUGAAGACGUUGUCGAGGAUGACGAUAUAAGUAACCAAUUUCAAGAGGAUGAUUCAAGUGAUGAGGAUGAAGUAGGUGAGGAACUUCAAGAGGAUGACAUAGGUGAUGAAUUUCAAGAGGACGACAUAGGUGAUGAAUUUCAAGAGGACGACAUAGAUGAUGAAGAGGAUGGUGGAGAUGACUUUUAGUUUGAAAAACUUAAAUGAGUUGGAUGUUGUUUUUUUUGUUUGUGCUUGCAUUAAACUUGAAGAAAUUAUGCAUU